CCCCGCGCGGGCUCGAGUGGCGUGUAGCUCCUCGAUCUCCGUGGUCCCCGCCGCCGACCCGGCUCCCGCUUCGGGACGCUAGUGCCCGCAGCCCGGAAUGUUCCCGGAACUCAAUAACCUUCUCGACACCACCCCUGACAGGGCGGAGCAGGGGAAACUGACUCUACUCUGUGAUGCUAAGACAGAUGGCAGCUUCCUUGUGCACCACUUUCUCUCCUUCUACCUCAAAGCUAACUGUAAAGUCUGUUUUGUGGCACUCAUCCAGUCCUUCAGUCACUACAAUAUCGUGGGACAGAAGUUGGGUGUCAGCCUGACUGCAGCACGGGAAUGUGGGCAGCUUGUGUUCCUGGAGGGUCUCAAGUCUUCCGUGGAUGUCUUCUUCCGGGCUCAGGCGGAGCCACACCCUCUGCAGUUCCUCAGGUCAGCCAGCCUGCAGCCCUGCUCAGAAGUGCACACCUGGGAGGCUGAUGCUGGGAACCUGCAGCCCCUGUAUGAGUUUGUACGAGAGGCUCUGAAGCCCGCGGACGAUGGGCAGGCUGCGUGGAGGUGCCCGGUGCUGCUGGUGGAUGACCUCAGUGUGCUGCUGAGCCUGGGCAUGGGGGCGGUGGCUGUGUUGGACUUCAUUCACUACUGCAGAGCUGCUGUGUGCUGGGAACAAAAGGGAAACAUAGUGGCCCUGGUACACGACAGUGGAGACGCUGAGGACGAGGAGAACGACAUCCUUUUGAAUGGCCUUAGUCACCAGAGCCACCUGAUUCUGAGGGCCGAGGGUCUGGCUACUGGCUUCUGCAGGGACGUGCAUGGACAGCUGAAGAUCCUCUGGAGGACACCAUCACAGCCUGCAGCCCAGCGGGACCGGAGCCUCACUUACCAGUAUAAGAUACAGGACAAGAGUGUGUCCUUUUUUGCCAAAGGAAUGUCUCCUGCUAUUCUUUGACCUGAUUGAGAAGCAAACGUGGUGACCUUUGACUGUUUUCAGACGUGAAAGAUAAAGCACCUGGCAGCAGUGGACCUGUACACCUUUGAAGUGGCAUCUCAGCCUGGACCGGCAGCCCCACUGUGACACGGGGCAGGGGAAGGGUGCUGUGAUGGCAUGCCUUCGCUCCCCUGGGCCCUGUUAGAAAGCACAGAAGGACCUGCAACCUGGCCUCUGUGGAGAGGGACGGGCUGAAACAGGGUGAAAGUGGUCCCAGGAGCCUUUCAUUACAUCUGCGUCAGCCUCAACCGCCCAUUUUUGCUGUCGCCUUUCACAGCCAGAGUGGGUAUGAUUGUACCAGCUAGGAGACAGUUGGCAGGCCUCCGGGGGGGACACUGUGGAUAAUCAUGGCUGCCGUGAGGAGAGUCCUCAUGUCAUGGCUUCCUCGUAGUGGACUGUCUCAUCUACUGCAUCCUGCAGAGAUGUUUGCCCUUCAGUCCAGUCAGAAAACCAGCUUCAGGAAGCUGGGCAGCGUCUCAAGGCUGUAGAACAGGCUGCAGGGAAUGGAGCCUGACUCUGGAGUCCUCACUCGCUGACUGAGCCUCUGAGGCUCCCCACUCGGGUCACCGGCUCGCUUCCUCCUGGUUUUCUGUGGUGAGAAGGGUAGAGAGUGUUCUUACUGCCAGGCAAGAUGGGGCCUUGGCAACUUGCAGUCUCCCUCAGACGUGAGCUCUUGCCCUAGCAUCCCAGAGAUGCCACACAGCCCAUCAGCCAAGAUCACCCGGGAGUGGACGCCAGGGGCCUUCCCUUAAACUGGGUACAUUUUUGUUGUAUGCAAAUAAAACACUGAUUCUAAAAGUAAAUAACACUGCUCUGCAGGGAUUGAGGAAAUUUCAUAUCUAUUGUUUAAUUUUAACUUUUCAUGUUUUUUAGUUUUUGUCAAAGGGAGCAAUUCAUCACUCCUCAAGUCAUACUCUUGUGUUACUUAUCCCACUGAUAACCAGUAACAUUAGCCAUUUUUUCCCCCAAAAUAACACAGACUUGGUAGAAUAUUUGAAAAUUAUGUGUACAAGUCACUUGAGAAAGUGGUUAUUAAGAUCUAAUGAGGGACGCCCGGGUGCUCAGUGGUUUGGUGCUGCCUUCGGCCCAGGGCGUGAUCCUGGAGACCUGGGAUUGAGUCCCACAUCAGGCUCCCUGCAUGGAGCCUGCUUCUCCCUCUGCCUGUGUCUUUGCCCCUCUCUGUGUCUCUCAUGAAUAAACAAAAUCUUAAAAAAAAAAAGAUUUUAUGUUAUUUAUUUGACAGAACACAAGCAGAGAGAGAGAGGGAGAAGCAGGCUCUAAGCUGAGUGGGGAACCUGACGCGAGGCUCAAUCUCAGGACCCUGGGAUCAUGACCGAAGCUGGAGCCAGAUGCUUAACUGACUGAGCUACCCGGGCACCCCUCACAAAACAUUUUUUAUAUGAUAUGAAUGUUGCUAUUAUGUUUCUUCACUUAAUUUAUCAAUGAGUUCAUUAAGUUUUUAAUGUUUAAUGGUUAUUGAGCCUGUUAUGGUGUCAUUCUAAUUUGCUUAGCUAUUCUCUUGAGUGUUUAGUUCUGGAGUUGGUAGUUAUAAAUUAUGUUAUACGUUUUAUUUUUUUAUUUAAAAAAUUCAAGAUUUUAUUUCA